CACCAAGGGCCCUGAUAGUGUGGAGCCGACAGAGGAGCGUGUGGUGUCUCCAGCAGGUGUAAACAUGGAUUUGUUGUGUGGUCCGUUGGGUUUGGGCGUGGUGGCGGGACUGGGAUGCGGGCUCCUUCUCGGUUGGCACCUUCGAGGACGCUUCGCCCCAGUGUCCAAGAGCCUGAUGGAGGCGAUGGGGAACGGCGAGGCGAGUGUGAUGGGAGAAGGAGGCGAGUUCAAGAUGGUCCUGGUGGUCCGGAAUGACCUGAAGAUGGGCAAGGGGAAGGUCGCCGCCCAAUGCUCCCACGCUGCCGUGUCGGCGUACAAGCAGGUCCAGCGCAGGAACCCCGAGCUUCUCAAACAGUGGGAGUACUGCGGCCAGCCCAAGGUGGUGCUGAAGGCCCCCGAUGAGGACACCCUGAUCGAUCUGCUGGGUCGCGCCAAAGAAUUGGGGCUCCCUAUCAGCCUGAUCCAGGACGCAGGACGGACACAAAUUGCACCAGGGUCCCGCACUGUGCUGGGUAUCGGCCCCGGCCCGGCAGAUCUGAUUGAUAGUGUCAGUGGAGAGUUGAAGCUCUACUAGAGUUCCAGCUGCCACCCGUUGGACUCGCACAACAAUUCCCUUUGUAGAUAAAACUACUUGGAACUUACAGCUGAGCUUGAAUGAGUUUUUAUUUUUAUAUAUGAAAGAAACCAGUGGACUCUUGGAUCAGUUAUAACAGCUUCAUGUGUGUUUCUUUACUGACUGUUCUCUGACAUGUGAUGAAGGCAAUGUUAUUGUUGUUGAUUUCAUUAAAUAUCAGUUAUGACCCAUAAAUAAUGUUCUCAAUGACAAUCAAUCUACAAAAUAAAUUGUGAAAUUAGAAAAGUCUCUUCAUAUUGUAAAGUAUUAAAUGCUUAUUAUAACACUGCAGGUCACCGCAUUGCAGCUGUUGAGCCACAUGGAUUUUGUGUUAAUACUGGAAGUCUUCUAGAUUGUUAUAAAACUAUGAAUUAUCUUUCCUGCGCUCAUCUGCCCCGUUAGCUACAACUGUGAAAUAUUUGAUUCUCAUUGUUACCUCCACCAAGGAGCUUAUGUUUCACUCCUGUCCAUUUGUCCAUAAGCAAGAUUAUGCAAAAACUAUUUAGAGGACACCAAACCUGGUGGAAGAAUACGGUCUGCAUCAGGGAUGAACCCAGUAAAUUAUGGUGCAGAUCGAAAAUGUUUUUUUUUGUUUCUGUAACAUUGAAAAAUCAGACGUAGCAGCUGAUUUCUCAAUAAGUAUAAUGUAUGGAACUUGACAAGAAAGAAAUGGGGAUAUUUAAGGGUGCAGAUCCAAAUAAAAACCUGAAUCUAGAGAAUUUAAAUGGA